AUAUCAUUAGCAACAUGUUCAUCAAAAUUGUAACGAUCGUCGCAACCCUUGCGGUAGUAGCUGCCAAUCCAAUUGAGCACGCUAAUUCCUAUGCAAGUGUGCAGCAUCAUCAAGGAUCUCAUGUGCACAGUGCUCCAGCUGUUCUCUUGAAUCAACAACAACACCACGAAGAAGUCUAUCCAGACGCUCACCCGAAAUACGAAUUCAAAUACGGAGUUGAAGAUCAUCACACCGGAGACCAAAAGUCUCAGAUGGAAGUCAGAGAUGGCGACGUAGUUAAAGGAGAAUAUUCGGUCGUUCAGCCAGAUGGUACCAUCCGCAAAGUGCAAUACUCUGCUGAUCAUCACAACGGAUUCAACGCCGAAGUUUCUUACUCCGGUCACGCAACUUAUCCUCAACAAAACAAACAAGUAAUUGCUGCGGCUGCGGCUCCAGUUUAUCACCAUUAAAAUAAUA